AGUACAAAGUCACAGAUGCUCGCGGAGGAACACGUUUUCAUUGUUAUCAGCUGCUGUCGAUUGUCGACCAUUCCUCAUUGUAUUUUGUUAUAUUAGUUAAAAUCAUUUAUAAACAAUGUUACACACAAGUCGUCACAUACUGAGACAUUUUCGGCCCUUUGUAAGAUUUUAUCACGAAGAGGCCUCUGUUAUUGGUACUGCACCCGAUACCAGUUCAACAGUUUAUCAGGAGAAUUAUGCACAGAUGAAAACUCUUGUUGAUCAAUUGAAAACUACCGUGGAAAAGAUAGUUGAAGGCGGAAGCCAGAAAGCUAGGGAAAGGCAUGUAAGCAGAGGAAAGCUUUUACCCCGUGAAAGAGUGAACACUCUGUUAGAUAGAAAUUCACCUUUUCUAGAGCUUUCUCAGUUGGCUGGAUAUAAGAUGUAUGAUAAAGAAGAAGUACCAGCUGGUGGAAUUAUUACCGGUAUUGGCAGAGUAGAAGGUAUUGAAUGUAUGAUAAUAACAAAUGAUACUACAGUAAAAGCUGGUACUUUCUAUCCUAUUACGGUCAAGAAAUAUUUACGAGCUCAAGAGAUUGCAGAAGAAAAUAGAUUAUCUUGCAUAUAUCUAGUCGAUAGCGGAGGUGCAAAUUUGCUUAGGCAAGCUGAUGUAUUCUCUGACAAAAUGCAUUUUGGUAGAUCUUUUUACAAUCAAGCAAAUAUGAGUGCCAAAGGAAUAGCGCAGAUUUCAGUGGUUUUAGGAAGUUGCACAGCAGGUGGUGCAUAUGUUCCUGCUAUGUCAGAUGAAAACAUUAUUGUUGGCAAUCAAGGUACGAUAUUUCUGGCUGGUCCUCCAUUGGUAAAAGCUUCGACUGGCGAAGAGGUUUCGGCGGAAGACUUAGGUGGUGCUGCUCUUCACUGUCGGGUAUCCGGCGUCACCGACCAUUAUGCAAUAGACGAUACGCAUGCCUUACACUUAGCACGUCGAGUUGUAAAAAAUUUAAACUUGAAUCCGCCUAUGGACGUAAAAAUCAGUAAAAAUAUAGAGGCACCUCUGCACGCUGUUGAUGAGAUAUACGGAAUCGUCGGAACAAAUCUGAAACGCCCGUUCGAUGUGAAGGAAGUCAUUGCGAGAAUCGUAGACGGAUCUAAAUUCCACGAAUUUAAAGCACAGUACGGCGAGACCUUGGUCACAGGAUUUGCCAGGAUUUACGGUUAUCCCGUAGGCAUACUCGCGAACAACGGUGUCUUGUUCUCCGAGAGUGCUUUAAAGGGGACUCAUUUUAUACAGUUGUGCUCACAAAGAAAAAUUCCUCUCGUGUUUCUACAAAAUAUCACAGGAUUUAUGGUGGGUAGGGAUGCAGAAUUAGGAGGUAUCGCGAAGAAUGGUGCAAAAAUGGUAACAGCUGUGGCCUGUGCUCAAGUGCCGAAAAUGACAGUAAUAAUAGGCGGCUCCUACGGAGCUGGAAACUACGGAAUGUGUGGCCGGUCUUAUUCCCCACGAUUUCUUUACUCCUGGCCGAACGCUAGAAUAUCGGUGAUGGGAGGUGAACAGGCGGCUGGUGUAUUAGCACAAAUUGCAAAAGAACAAAGUAUAAAGGAAGGCAAAACGUGGACUCAGGAGCAGGAAGACAACAUAAAAAAUCCCAUCAUAAAACAAUUCGAAGAGGAAGGCAAUCCGUACUAUUCUAGUGCUAGGCUUUGGGACGAUGGUGUGAUUGAUCCUGCUGACACGCGAGUUGCCCUCGGUUUGAGUUUGUCCGCAAGUCUAAACGCACCUAUACCCGACACUAAAUUCGGAAUUUUCCGAAUGUAAUCGAGUAAAAGACCGUACGUCUCAAAACACGUACGGAUGCAAUCUCAAAAGUGCCACUUAUUAUUAAAUUUUGUAUAAUAUUUUUAUAUUGAAGUCAAUCAAAUCAAUUGUUAUUUUGUAAUAAUGA